AUACCGAGCGCUCAAAGUCGCAUAUACCUCGUUAACCUGACAGCCUGCGGUCUGCUUCCUCACAGACAAUAAAGAGGCUGUAGAUUUUAAUGAGAAAGAAAAGAGGAGAGAUAUGCCAAGCUGUGGGACGGCUUAAAUCUGCUGGACUGGGCACAAGAAUGCAAAAGAAAAGUCUGUUUGUUUCUACAGAGAUAUUUGUGCCGGAUAAAUUUCAUAUAUGUGGGAGAGUUUCUGUUGCUCGGGACUUUGAAUAGGGUAAUGUCUAAUGGGCGAACAUACACUUGGAUUUCUGCUGAUAACAAAAGGGACUGCCACGAGAAAACGAAUUAAGUGAGGAGUUUUUCAUCAUUAGCUCCAAGGGAAGGUUAAAAAAAGAAACAGCCGCAGGGUUUAUCAGUCUGAUCUGAAGGCUGACUGACACUGACAUUGGCGGCUGUCGCCUGUGAAUCUGCACAUUUCUACCGAGCGAACCAAAUGUAGAGAGAAAGAUGCAUUUGGGUAAGGCUUUACUGUUUGUCCUCCUCCUCAACUGCGCAACUUUGAGCUCGUGCCUGUCAACUUGUGCCACCGUGGAUAUUGACCACGUGAAGAGGAAGAGGGUCGAGGCGAUACGAGGUCAGAUUUUGAGCAAACUUCGACUGACGAGUCCCCCGCACUCCCUCGGACCGAGUAAAAUCCCUUAUCAAAUCCAGGCGUUGUAUAACAGCACCAAGGAGCUACUGGAGGAGCUUGGGAGGGAUCGGCAGCAAAGUUGCGGUCAGGACAACACAGAGACAGAGUACUAUGCCAAAGAGAUAUACAAAUUCAACAUGGACUACGGACCGCCAGAGAGCAACGAUCUGCUAUACUGCCCAAAAAGCAUCACCUCUAAGGUUUUCCGCUUCAACGUCUCCGCCAUGGAAAGGAACUCAACCAACCUCUUCAGAGCAGAGUUUCGAGCUCUGAGGGUGCCAAACUCAAGCGCCAAGAGGAAUGAACAGCGGAUUGAGCUCUACCAGAUUGUGAGGCCAAAUGAACACAUUAGGAAACAGCGCUACAUCGGAGCCAAGAAUGUGCUGACCAGAGGUACUCCAGAAUGGGUUUCCUUCGAUGUGACUGAAACAGUGCGGGAGUGGCUGAUGAACAGAGGAACUAAUCUGGGUUUGGAAAUCAGUGUGCACUGCCCCUGCCACACCUUCAACCCAAAUGGUGACAUCAUUGACAAUGAGCAUGAGGUGCUGGAGGUGAAGUUCAAAGGUGUGGAUGGAGAGGAGGAGCACAGUCGCUUGGACAUGGAUCACCUGAGGAGGAGAAAGGACCAGUACCUGCCUCACCUCAUCCUCAUGAUGAUCCCACCCCACCGCUUGGACACUCAGUACACACGCCGACGCAAGAGAGCACUGGACACAAACUACUGUUUCUCAAACACGGAGGAGAGCUGCUGUGUUCGCAAGCUCCACAUUGAUUUCCGGCGUGACUUGGACUGGAAGUGGAUCCAUGAGCCCAGUGGUUAUGACGCCAACUACUGCUCUGGGCCCUGCCCUUACCUUAGGAGCUCAGAUACAACACACAGCUCGCUCCUGAGCCUGUACAACACUCUGAAUCCAGAGGCGUCGGCCGCCCCCUGCUGUGUCCCUCAAGACCUGGAACCCCUCACAAUACUCUACUACUCUGGACGAACCCCCAAAGUGGAGCAGCUCUCCAACAUGAUUGUCAAGUCUUGCAAGUGUAGCUGAGAAGACACUCAGGCGAGGCAGUGUGGCACGACUUUACUAGGUACUGACCAAACCCAUGCUUGUUGACUUUUGGACUCUUAGCUGUGACAAAUACUUAAAACUGACCCUGUGGCCUUGUGGCUUAGAUCUGAAAACCACUGCGGAGGUCACACUUUUUUUUUUUUUUUUUUUUUUUGGAUGCAGACUUUCUUAAAACUUGAGGUUGUCUCUAUUUUUUAUUUUUUGGCUUGUUUGGUAUUUUUUCCACCCACUCAGUCAGUUCUGGAUGACAAGUAGGUAUUUUAAACUUAAAAGGUCCAACCCAAACCAAAGUCUUACAAUCAAGGUAUGAUCUUAAAAUGUCUCUGUCUAUAUUUGUGAAAACAGACAACACACUCUUAAGGCUGGAUUAUACAAAGUCCUGUACAAAUCUAUCUGUGACAAAAAGAAAAAACAAUAGAUGAAUAAAUUAGACUUAACUCUGGGGUAUAUUUUCUGCUUCAGAGCUCAUGCAAAUAUUCCACAAAGUUCAAGUCUUUGCAUUGUCAAUAAAGCGGCUUUCCUGUCUCUUGUUAAUUGUCACAAAUAUAGACAAUGCUCUCCUAAAUGGUUGAAGAGCCUUUUCAGGCUGGAUUUUUUUCCCUUGUACUUGCCUUAAGCUCCCUUCUCUUCAAACAGUGGGCAUUAUCUUCAAUCACAAAAGGAGAAAGGACAGACUUGCUGCUGUAUCCAAAGCCAUAGCUGUGGUCAGGGGAAAAGGAGAGCUGAGAGAGAAUGCCUGUUGGAUUUGCAAUGGAAAGUGAAUGAACAAAGAAGUUGAGCCAAGCUUUUCUUUUUCUGGCCAGCCAGCAGCAAUGGCCUUUUUUUCGGUGCAUCUAUUAGAACGGAUGGAAGAAGGAGAAGGAGAAGGAGAAGGAGGAGAAGAAGAAGAAGAAGAAGAGAGGACCUGUAUGCAAGGGAAGAAUUGUGAUGGAAACUAGCCAUGAGCACACUGCCAUUCACUGGAAGUUUUCAUCCCUAACAGGUUCAAAUUAUUUUUGGGACUUCAAAGAAUAUACUGGAAAAGAACAAGUGUUACGCAACAGGUUUUUUUUUUUAUGAGAUUUCUUUUACAUUAAUAGCAGAUUUGGUCUGUUACGCAACUUGUCAUAUAGUGAUUGUUUCACUAACUGGGAUGAAAAUUGACAAUUAUAAUAUGAAACCGUGAGUACUGUUACAUUUCCUUGUGAUUUAGAAAGAAUAUGCAACUUUGUUGUGCAUAAGCAAACUAGUUUGACCUGUUGUAUUUGAUCCACUAUGUGUUUGACUAAAAUCUUAUUGUCUUAAAAGGUGACUAUGCCCAGAAAGUUAAAUCAGAGCACUUUUCUCCAGUGAAAACAGGAAAUGUAAUGCAGUUUAAAAUGCAGCUGUUUAUGUCUUUUUUUUUUAAUGAUACUAUCCUAUCAACUCACCUGUCACCUUUCACUCCCGCCAGAUGACAAGGAGUCAUAUGUGCAUGUGCAGUCAGGACUCUUGGUGUUCCCAAAACACUGUGGUCUUUCAUUCCCUCUGCUCUGUCUCUGUUUGUUUUGGUGCUCCUUUACAGUGUGAAGCCCUAAUGGAAAAAAAAAAAAAAAAAAAAAACAUGAAGAGGGAGGGGAAGAAGUCAUAACAUGACAGUGGCUGGAUGUACAGUAAGACCUCAUUUUUCUCAGAGUCUGGAGAACGAUUCUGAAUCCCUGUACUGUUUGACAUUGGCCCGGUCAGAGUCAUCUAGCCUUUAGGUGACAUUUAGGUGAUGUUUUUUGGCAGUAAUAUUGUUUUGGUUGAUUUGUUGAUCAUGAUUGUUAUUAAAAACACAACAUGCAAAA